CGUGAACCACAAAAAGAGACCGAUCGUGAACCACCCCGUGCCCUACAACCUCCGCCCCCGUCCCCGUCCCCGUCCCAGCGUGCCUUACACAACUCCUCCUCCGCCUCUGCCGCGCCGCGCGUCGCCUCCGUCGCCGUCCCUGGGGUUCGAGAGCGGGCGAAAACCUCUUCCGAGAAGACAAUUUCUGUUGCUGCAACCUGCACUGAUGCAACAGCCUACAGGCGAGAUGGAGAUGAAGAAGGCGCCUCUGCCAGCGCCUGCUUUCCACAAAGAGUACACUCUUCCUAGAGCACGACACUACCUUGAUCAACACUAUUCACUCCGCCCUCCUCUCUCCAAGGAUGAUUACUCCAAAAAGGAUCCUACAAGCGAGAUGGAGAAGAAGAAGAAGGCGCCGCUGCCAACACCUCAUUUCCACAAAGAGCGGCCUCUUCCUAGAGCAGAGCGGUCCCCCGAUCGACGCUACUCGCCUUACCCUCCUCCGUCCAUGGAUGGUUGCUCUGGAAAGAAUGCUGGAUCUUGGCCUCUUCCCCCGAUUUACUAUGGGCCUCCAUCUGAAGCCUUUCAUGUCGACUGGCGCAAUAAAGACGGGGUUGUGGACAUGGAGCAUUACAGCACAGAGCUGUUUGCAGCGAUGGACAAACAUAGUAUUUUGUCGGUGCACCGUUGUACACGCCCACAGUUUGGACCAAACGUCAGCGCUGAGUAUGUGCUUGAUCCUAUAUUUGAGGAUACGUUCCUUGCCAAUCCCCGUUUUAGCUACCUGCUUCCCUUGAUCGGCCACAAAGUAUCUUCUGCAGCUGAGGCUCCCAAUUCAACCACGCAGGUUGGCACAACUACUGGAUACUGGCAGUGUGAUGGUUCUAUAGAAGUCCCUGUCCGCGAAGUUGCUGCUUUGAAGAUUUCUGACAACUAGCCACCUAUGUGCCCAACCAAGUUGCUCCCAGAAGAUGAAAAUCAAGAUUUUCAUGGAGGGCCCUGAGUUUCAUAUUGAGAUUACGAACCCGUUAGCAGUAACUAUGUAUUAGCUACAUCUACCCUAGGUGUGGGCCGCAUCUUCAAGAUCAAUGCGCGCAGGAUAUAUUAAUUUUAACUUGGUGUCUGCGCUGCGCCGCAUCUAUCUAUCUAUCUAUCUAUCUAUAUAGUGCAAGAUAUUUAUAAGCUUGGUUCAGGUUGUGUCUGAGAAAGAGUGGCAAUCUGUCACAGAAGAUGCCAUUCGUCUUAUAUAUGCAUAUGAACUGGAAAAGUUUA